CUUGGGCGGGGCCUGAUAAGUGCAGUCGGCGGACUGUCCGCCGGUCGGCUGCUGUGCGGGUCUGCCGCCGGGCCGGCGGGGCGGAGUCGCUGGAGGUCCAUGGGGGUCGCCUCGAUCUCGGCCUCAGUCUGUAGCCUAGCUUCAGCCACUACGGCGGAGAUGGUGCCGUGGGUGCGGACGACGUGGGAGAAGCUGAAGCAGUGGCUGCGGCUGGACGUGGGACGCGAGAUCUGCCGCCAGUACCCGCUGUUCUGCUUCCUGCUGCUCUGCCUCAGCGCCGCCUCCCUGCUCCUCAACAGGUAUCUUCAUGUUUUAAUGAUCUUCUGGUCAUUUGUUGCUGGAGCUGUCACAUUCUACUGCUCAUUAGGACCCGAUUCUCUCUUACCAAAUAUAUUCUUCACAAUAAAAUAUAAACCCAAGCAAUUAGGACUUCAAGAAUUAUUUCCUCAAGGUCGUAGCUGUGCUGUUUGUGGUAAAGUGAAAUGUAAACGACAUAGGCCUGCCUUGGUACUUGAAAACUACCAGCCCUGGCUAGACCUUAAAAUUUCUUCCAAGGUUGAUGCAUCUCUGUCAGAGGUUCUUGAAUUAGUGUUGGAAAACUUUGUUUAUCCGUGGUACAGGGAUGUAACAGAUGAUGAGUCCUUUGUUGAUGAACUGAGAAUUACCUUACGGUUUUUUGCAUCUGUCUUAAUUCGAAGGAUUCACAAGGUGGAUAUUCCAUCUAUUAUAACCAAGAAACUAUUAAAAGCAGCAAUGAAGCAUAUAGAAGUGAUAGUUAAAGCCAGUCAGAAAGUAGAAAAUACAGAGUUUUUACAGCAAGCUGCUUUAGAAGAAUAUGGUCCAGAGCUUCAUGUGGCUUUGAGGAGUCGAAGAGAUGAAUUACACUAUUUAAGGAAACUUACCGAACUACUUUUUCCUUAUAUUUUGCCUCCUAAAGCAACAGACUGCAGAUCCCUGACCCUACUUUUAAGAGAGAUCCUCUCUGGUUCGGUGUUCCUUCCUUCUUUGGAUUUCCUAGCUGAUCCAGAUACUGUGAAUCAUUUGCUUAUCAUCUUCAUAGAUGACAGUCCACCUGAAAAAGCAACGGAACCACCUUCCCCUUUGGUUCCAUUCUUGCAGAAAUUUGCAGAACCUAGAAAUAAAAAGCCAUCUGUGCUGAAGUUAGAAUUGAAGCAAAUCAGAGAGCAGCAAGAUCUCUUAUUUCGUUUUAUGAACUUCCUGAAACAAGAAGGAGCCGUGCACGUGUUGCAAAUUUGUCUGACUGUGGAGGAAUUCAAUGAUAGAAUUUUGCGACCAGAGCUGUCAAAUGAUGAAAUGCUAUCUCUUCAUGAGGAGUUGCAGAAGAUUUAUAAAACAUAUUGUUUGGAUGAAAGUAUUGACAAAAUUCGAUUUGAUCCCUUCAUUGUAGAGGAGAUUCAAAAAAUUGCUGAAGGCCCAUAUAUGGAUGUUGUGAAACUUCAGACUAUGAGAUGUCUCUUCGAAGCAUAUGAACAUGUACUUUCUCUCUUGGAGAAUGUGUUUACUCCUAUGUUCUGCCACAGUGAUGAGUAUUUCAGACAGCUUUUAAGAGGUGCAGAGUCACCAACACGCAAUUCAAAAUUCAACAGAGGUAGCCUAAGUUUGGAUGAUUUUCGGAGCACACAGAAAAGAGGAGAAUCAUUUGGAAUCAGCAGAAUAGGUAGCAAAAUUAAAGGAGUAUUCAAGAGCACCACAAUGGAGGGAGCUAUGUUGCCUAAUUAUGGUGUAGCUGAAGGUGAAGAUGACUUUAUUGAAGAAGGUAUUGUUGUAAUGGAAGAUGAUUCGCCAGUGGAAGCUGUGAGCACACCUAAUACUCCUCGAAACCUUGCUGCAUGGAAAAUUAGCAUUCCGUAUGUAGACUUUUUUGAAGAUCCCUCCUCUGAAAGGAAGGAGAAAAAGGAGAGAAUACCUGUGUUUUGUAUUGAUGUUGAAAGAAAUGAUAGAAGAGCAGUUGGGCAUGAGCCUGAACAUUGGUCUGUCUAUAGAAGAUAUCUUGAAUUCUAUGUACUUGAAUCAAAACUAACAGAAUUUCAUGGCACAUUUCCUGAUGCCCAGCUUCCUUCUAAAAGGAUCAUUGGCCCCAAAAAUUAUGAAUUCUUAAAGUCGAAGAGAGAAGAGUUUCAGGAAUAUCUACAGAAACUUCUGCAGCAUCCAGAACUGAGUAAUAGUCAACUUCUGGCAGAUUUUCUCUCCCCCAAUGGUGGGGAAACACAAUUUCUUGAUAAGAUACUACCAGAUGUAAAUCUUGGGAAAAUUAUAAAGUCUGUUCCUGGAAAACUAAUAAAAGAGAAAGGUCAACAUUUGGAACCUUUCAUCAUGAAUUUCAUUAAUUCUUGUGAAUCUCCAAAGCCUAAGCCAAGUAAACCGGAACUGACCAUUCUCAGCCCUACUUCAGAAAACAACAAGAAGCUUUUCAAUGAUCUGUUUAAGAAUAAUGCAAACCGUGCUGAGAAUACAGAAAGAAAGCAAAAUCAGAAUUAUUUUAUGGAGAUGAUCACUGUAGAAGGAGUCUAUGAUUACCUGAUGUACGUAGGACGGGUGGUUUUCCAAGUUCCUGACUGGCUUCAUCAUCUCUUAAUGGGAGCUCGAAUCCUCUUUAAAAACACCCUGGAAAUGUAUACUGACUACUAUCUUCAUUGUAAGCUAGAACAGCUAUUUCAGGAGCACCGUCUGGUGUCACUCAUAACACUUCUCAGAGAUGCUGUAUUCUGUGAAAACUCUGAACCUCGUUCUCUCCAAGAUAAGCAAAAACGAGCAAAACAGACCUUUGAAGAAAUGAUGAAUUACAUUCCAGAUCUGAUAGUCAAGUGUAUUGGUGAAGAAGCCAAGUAUGAAAGCAUCAGACUUCUGUUUGAUGGCUUGCAGCAACCAGUUCUCAACAAGCAGCUGACUUAUGUUUUAUUGGACAUUGUGAUACAAGAACUGUUUCCAGAGCUCAAUAAGGUACAAAAGGAAGUUACCUCUGUGACGUCUUGGAUGUAAACAUUUGGAUUUGGGAUAGAAUAACCAGUUGAAAUUUCUGCUGUGCUAGUGUAGUAGAUAAGUACUUUUUUUUCUUUUACUUUUGUAUAUUCUUGUAUAUAUCAUGUAAUUCAGUGUGUGAAAUUAUGAUUUUUUUUGUUUUAAUAAAGACUAACAUACUUAAUAAUGACUAAAAUUGAUUGAGUUUCAUAGCCUUUCAUUUUAUACCUGUUAUCCAGAUUUUAUUAGAACAUACAUAACUUGUUAUUGCUGUUUUUUAUAGGGAUAAUUCAUAAUUCCCUUAGAGCAAACAGAUAAGAUCAAUAACCUUUGUAUUGUAAUCACUUUGAAAGUAAUUAUGUUUGGUGUGGAAAAACAGGCGUAAGAUCUGAUUCGCUUUCUUAUUUAGAGUUAGUACAUGUUGUUAGAUUUUUUUCCCCUGUUUAAAAAUUGUCUAUGUAGUUAACUGUCUAUAAAGAAGACUUUUUUUUAUGAGUUUUUAAUAA